UUCACUCUUACUCCGGCUUCUACUUCCCUCGAGAAUUCCAUCUGCCCUGGCCGCCUAGAAAGCGUAGGAGAAAAUUCCGGCGAGUAAUCUCGGUAUAGCGAAUCAGGAAACUGACUAAGGUUUUUACAAUUCUUAGUCAAAGCCCUAUCAGUAUUAGAAGAGUGCAGUGGAGAUCAACAUGCAUAUGAAAGUUGUAGAAUGUUGGAACUCUAAGUGUAAAAUUUUGCCUUCCCGUAAACAUCUUUGUAGAAGCUUUUCUCUUUGGUCAAUGAAGAAGGACCCAGAUCUUGAAUUGGCUCUCUCCAGGAAUCGCCGCUGGAUAGUCAAUAAUCAAAUAAAAAACAUAAUUCUUCGGUGUCCUAAUGGGGAAGCCUCGGUUAAGUACCUUCAGAAGAAGUUCAAAACUCUUGAUCUCCAAGGUAGUGCUCUCAAUUGGCUAAAAAAGUACCCCUGUUGCUUUGAGGUAUAUCUUCAGCAUGAUGAGUACUAUUGCCGGCUUACAAAAAGGAUGAUGGUUUUGGUAGAAGAGGAAGAAACUAUUAAGGAUAUGCAAGAGCCGGUGCUUGUGCAGCGAUUGGCAAAGUUGUUGAUGAUGAGCUUGCAUCAGAGACUUAAUGUUAUGAAACUUAAUGAAUUAAAGCGGAAUUUUGGUUUUCCUGAUGACUAUUUGAUUAGAAUUGUUCCAAAGUAUUCAGAUUUGUUCCGGGUUAUCAAUUACAGCGGAAGGAGGAGUUCAAUGGAGAUUGAGCUGGUAUCUUGGAACCCUGAUUUGGCAAUUUCAGCCAUUGAAGCAUCAGCUCACAAGCAGGGAAUAGAGCCACGUUUCUCGUGUUUGUUGCCUUCAACUUGGCUAAAGUCAUGGGAGAGAUUUCAUGAAUUUAAUUCAACUCCUUAUAUUUCACCUUACUUGGAACCAAGAGGAUUGGUAGAAGGAUCCAAGGAGAUGGAGAAGAGGACGGUUGGAUUGGUCCAUGAGUUGUUGUCAUUGACUUUGUGGAAGAAAGCAUCAAUUGUGAAGCUAGGACAUUUUAGGAGAGAAUUUGCAUUGCCAGAGAAAUUGAAUAUUUUGCUCCUUAAGUAUCCUGGAUUAUUCUAUGUUUCAAAUAAGUAUCAAAUCUAUACCGUUCUUCUGAGAGAAGGUUAUAAUGCAUCUGAACUGAUUGAUAAGGAUCCGCUUGUUGUGGUGAAGGAAAAGUUUGGAGAACUGAUGCAGGAGGGACUUCAUGAAUAUAAUAGAAGGCACCAUUUACUGAAUUUAGAAAAGAAGAAAAAGAAUGGCAUGCUUUUGGAUAAGUCAGAUAAAAUCAAAGACAAAAACACAGAAAUUUCUGACCCUGAUGAUGAGGGAGACAAGCUAGGAGGCUUGUUUGACCCAGAAGAAAGAAAACGGUUUUAUAAAGUUCUCUUUGAUGAUGGUGACCAGAAUAUAUAAUUGUGGUAUGUCCAAGGUUCAGACAAAUCAAAGUUUUAACAGUUUUUGAUUUUCAACUGCCAUGCAGGCAGGCAGCUCCUGAGGUGUUUGAUGGAAAGAUCGAAGUAGGGUGUUGCAUGUCUUUAAAUGGCAUAUUCAGUUGGAUUUCUCACUCUAUCCGAAAUGGCCAAGCAUUAUACACUCCUAUAUGCUCUUGAGAUGGCUGUUCAAGGCGAGAAUGAACUGAAAAGGGAAUCAAAGAUUUGGAAUUGUCUUAGGAUCAGAGUAGAGUUGGUGGCUUUCUUUAAUGUGGAAGGUUAUUCUUGAACUCAAAAGGUCAACUACCUUUGCAACACAAGUUUCCUAUGGCGUGAGUUCUGGCACAUUAUCUUAGGUUUGGGCAACAGUUUGGGAGGCCUGAAGGAGACUAUUGGUUUGGACCAAAGGAACAAAACUUGUAUGGUUCAGUGUCACACCCUCAAGUGCACAAUCAAGGAGUACUUGUGUUAUAGAUUUCUUCAUUCUCAUGUAUGUGCAUAUAAUCCCAGCAAUUUGCUGCCAUCAACUAUUUAAGCUUCAACUUUGAUUCCGAUAUGUUAGCUACUGAAGGUGCAGAUUCUAUGACAUUUAGUCAAUCCAAAUUGUAAAUGUCCAUUUACUUACAUAACUCUUAAGGAAGUUUUUUCCAGUUACUCUGAUGUCUUUCAAUAAUAAGUUGGAAUCUAUUUGGCUGUUGGAA